GUUUAUUGGUAAUAAAGAAGCGGGCCUGGAGAUUGUCGAGCCGUAAUAUACCACUAUGAUGCUUUUCCUUGGAUGAUGAACUGUCCUUUUCACUCGGCCCUAAUGUGAAGAAGGAGAAAUGGAUCUGAGGAAACAAUGUUAUCCUAGUGUUUUUCGUUUUUGAUACAUUUGCUCCCUCGGUAGGAGUUACAUAUCAAACCGUGGAACCAAGUAUGUAUAGACCUUGAUCUGAAAAGGACCUCCUCAUGAUUUAUGGAUUAAAUACAAAUAUUGUAUAGAAGUUACUGUUAUCACGUCUGUGACAUCUGUGCUAAAUAUUGACAGGGGAAAAUGCACAAGGAGUGAAGGGAAUUCUAACAUGUUUAAGAAUUUAAGUUUUCCAGGAAGAAGCUUUGUCAUAUGAAUAGUUGUGAUGUAUUUGGUGAGACUGUUAAUGAAGUCCAUAAUUGGAAUGAACAUGUCAAGAUACACACAGGCAAGACAUCACAGAGGAAUGUUUUGCAUCACAUCCACUGAAAUGAAGAGAAUUCAAGGAUUUCAGUGAGGCAUGUAAAUUCGUUUGAAAGAUAAAUCCUGCAAGUCGAUGUCUGUGGUAAAGAAGUUAAUAUGUACUAUGAUGUACACAGGAGAGACGAAGAUGUAUACAGGAGAAACGACGACGCAUACAGGAGAGAUGAUGUAUACAGGAGAGACAACGACGCAUACAGGAGAGAUGACGUAUACAGGAGAGACAACAACACAUACAGGAGAGAUGACGUAUACAGGAGAGACAAUGACACAUACAGGAGAGACAAUGAUGCAUGCAGGAGAGACGACGACGCAUACAGGAGAGAUGCCACAUAGUGAUACAGGAGAGAUGCCACAUAGUGAUAAGAGAGAGAUGUCACAUAGUGAUAUGGGAGAGAUGCCACAUAGUGAUAUGAGAGAUAUGCCACAUAGUGAUACAGGAGAGAUGCCACAUAGUGAUACAGGAGAGAUGCCACAUAGUGAUACAGGAGAGAUGCCACAUAGUGAUACAGGAGAGAUGCCACAUAGUGAUAAGGGAGAGAUGCCACAUAGUGAUACACGAGAUAUGUCACAUAGUGAUAUGGGAGAGAUGCCACAUAGUGAUACAGGAGAGAUGCCACAUAAUGUUAAGCGAGAGAUGCCACUUAGUGUUACAGGAGAGAUGCCACUUAGUGAUACAGGAGAGAUGCCACAUAGUGAUACAGGACAGAUGCCACAUAGUGAUAAGGGAUUAAACCAGACAGGGAAUUGUAAAACUAAUACAGGAAAAAAAACCUUCACAUGUGACGAAUGUGGUAAAAACUUUACUACAUCAAAUUCGCUGCAGACACACAAAAAGAUCCAUCUGAAAGAAAGACCAUAUCACUGUGAUGUCUGCGGUAGGGGAUUCAAUAGGCCGGGCAAUCUUAAGACACAUUAUAUGUUACACACGGGAGAAAGGCCUUACAAAUGUGAUGUCUGCGCAAAGGUAUUUACAACAGGGAGCAGUUUGAGGAGACACAUCAUUUCACAUUUAGAGGUGAGGCAGUAUAUAUGUGAAGAUUGUGGGAAAGGGUUUCAUUACGCUUAUGACCUACAAAGACACUCCUAUAUCCACACAGGCGAGAACCCUCACAGAGGUGAUCAGUAUGUACACAGCUGUGAGGUCUGCGGUAAAAGUUUUAGAAAAAAAUGUUUCCUGACCACACAUCAGAGGAUACAUACAGGAGAGAAGCCGUACAAGUGUGAUAUCUGUGAUAAAGGUUUUACUAUGGCACAUCAUCUAAAACGACAUUACCAGAUACAUACAGGGGAGAAGCCAUACAAGUGCGAUAUCUGUGGUAAGGAAUUUAGCUUGUCGCAUAAUCUACAAGGACAUCAUCGUACACAUACAGGAGAGAAGCCGUACAAGUGUGAUAUUUGUGAUAGGGGAUUUAGCGUGGCACAAACACUAAAAGAACAUUACCGGAUACAUACGGGGGAAAAGCCUUAUAAGUGUGAUAUCUGUGGUAGGAGGUUUAGUAAAGUACAACAUCUAAAAGGACACCACCGCACACAUACAGGAGAGAAGCCGUACAAGUGUGAUGUUUGUGGUAAGCAAUUUAGCAUGGCGCAAACACUAAAAGAACAUUAUCGGAUACAUACAGGAGAGAAGCCGUACGAAUGUAAUGAGUGUGAAAAGGGGUUUUGUAACAAAAAGGAUUUACAGCGACAUAUUAUGAAACACACAGGAGAGAAACCUCACAAGUGUGAAGCCUGUGGCAAAGGCUUCACUGCGAAGACUAGCUUACGUUCACACCAAUCAAAACACGUCGGGAUCGAUGAAACAGGAAUUUUACCCCCCUCUCUUCAACAUGUGAACAAAAUGCUAGAAGAUGAAUGAAAGGAUGUGAUUUUACUGUGACACCUUAGCAGAACAAUUAAUAGGGGUGUGAUUUUACUGUGACACCUUAUCAAAACAACAUUUACCUGGACAUCUAAACAAAGCAAUAAAUAAGAGUGCUAUUUUACUUUGACAACUUCACAUAACAAUAGGGGUUAGAUUUUACCCUGACACCUAAACAAAGCAAUAGCUUAACCUAACCCUGACACCUUAACAAAAUGGAGUGAUUUUACCCAGACACAAUUAACAAAACAAUAAUAUGGGUGUGAUUUUAACACGACACCUAAACAAAACAAUAGGAUGUGAUUUUACCCAGACACCUUAACAAAACAACGGGGUGAUUUUACCCAGACACCUUAACAAAACAAUAGGAUGUGAUUUUACCUGAUCACCUUAACAAAACAAUAGGAUGUGAUUUUACCUGAUCACCUUAACAAAACAAUAGGAUGUGAUUUUACCUGAUCACCUUAACAAAACAAUAGGAUGUGAUUUUACCUUGACACCUAAACAAAACAAUAGGGUGUGAUUUUACCUGAUCACCUAAAGAAAACAAUAGGAUGUGAUUUUACCUGAUCACCUAAACAAAACAAUAGGGUGUGAUUUUACCUGGACACCUAAACAAAAGAAUAGGAUGUGAUUUUACCUGGACACCUAAACAAAACAAUAGGAUGUGAUUUUACCUCAUCACCUUAACAAAACAACGGGGGGAUUUUACCUGGUCACCUUA